UGGCAGUGCUUAUUUGUUUCUAAAUUAUUUAUUCAAUUAGCCUGUUGUUGUUUUAACUUACAGCCUUGUUCACAGACAGACACACACACACACACACACACACACACACACAAUGCAUAGAUACCAAGAACUGAAACAACUAUCCCACACAGAAAAUUAAGCCUACAAUAAUCCCAUAAUACAGCUCAUCAUAUAUUAACAGUUAAGCACUACAGGCACACUUCAAGGGCUUGUGGGAAUAGAAUUAUCAGAAUAAUGAGUGGCUUACCUGUGGGUUUUUAGAUAAAUGCAUUCUAGACAAUAUUCUUAUAUUUUAUCUCAUUACUGGAAAUGCAGUAUGAAACAAACUAUCUGCAUCUAUGCAAACUAAUGAGAAAGAUGUAAAGAAAACCUGAAGUGAGUGAACACUGUUGUUGCACAGGCAUCACAGUGGAGGUGAAGCAACAUGAAGUGAUCUCCUGAUGGAUGGUUCCUGCUUUAGGGGAUGUUAUUUGACCCAUCUGCCUGACCACAAGAACUUAAGACGAUAUCAGGCUUCUGGCCCUUUAAAAGUGGAGUCCCGGCUUUGCCCCUCCGCAGCACUGAAGGAGCUCCAUAUGGCUUCCUCUUGUUGUCUGCACUGGCAGCAGUGAGUCGCUCAGUCGGCAUCAAAUAGAGGGAGGAGAUCGUGCAAAUCGCGCCCGAUAAAGGCUUCUCGAGGCGGCAGGUGGCCAGAUGACACGGCUGCGAAGCUUGGCGUGCCAGUAUCUUUCACCAGGGCCGGGAGCUUCCUCUUCAGCAAGGCCGAAGGAGGAGAGAGGAGGCACGGGCGUGCUGCUGCAUCUGUCCUCGCCCAGGAGCUGCUUGCUCGUCCGGCGGUUACCGCAAGGCAGAUGAUGAGAUGUCCGGGACCACUUCCCAGGCUGAUCCCAUAGACGCCACCGCGCGGACGGUGCUGCUCAACCGGCCACAGAAUACCAAGUUCUGCGACAACCAUGUCAGUACCACCAAGUAUGGGGUUCUCACUUUCCUGCCCCGGUUCCUGUAUGAGCAGAUCCGGCGGGCUGCCAACGCCUUUUUCCUGUUCAUCGCACUCAUGCAGCAAAUCCCUGAUGUAUCACCGACCGGUCGCUACACCACACUGGUCCCACUCAUCUUCAUCCUCACUGUAGCCGGGAUCAAAGAGAUGAUAGAGGACUAUAAAAGACACAAAGCAGACAACACAGUAAACAAGAAGAAGACAACAGUGCUGCGCAACGGAGCCUGGCAGACGAUCAUCUGGAAACAGGUGGCAGUAGGAGACAUAGUGAAGGUGACCAAUGGCCAGCACCUUCCGGCUGACAUGGUUAUUGUGUCCUCCAGCGAGCCACAGGCCAUGUGUUACACUGAGACCUCCAACCUGGAUGGAGAAACCAACCUGAAGAUCAGACAGGGUCUCUCGCUCACAGCUGUUUUUCAGACCCUGGAGGAUUUGGUUGCGCUGUCUGGUCGUUUGGAGUGCGAAGGCCCCAACAGACAUCUGUAUGACUUCACUGGCACACUGCGGCUAGAGAACCACAAUCCAGCUCCCCUGGGUCCAGACCAGGUGUUGCUGCGCGGCGCCCAGCUCAGAAACACGCAGUGGGUUGUGGGAAUUGUUGUCUACACUGGCCAUGACUCCAAACUGAUGCAGAACUCCACCAAGGCACCACUGAAACGCUCUAAUGUGGAGCGGGUGACCAACAUGCAGAUCCUGGUCUUGUUUGGCAUCCUGCUGGUCAUGGCCCUGAUCAGCUCUGUGGGUGCCGCCAUCUGGAACAAAGAACAUACUGAAGAGUCCUGCUGGUACCUGUCCCGGGCUGGUGACAUCUCCACUAACUUUGCAUAUAACCUGCUGACGUUCAUCAUCCUGUACAACAACCUGAUCCCCAUCAGCCUGCUGGUCACUCUGGAAGUGGUCAAGUUCACACAGGCCCUCUUCAUCAACUGGGAUGAGGAGAUGUACUACGCAGAGACAGACACACCGGCCGUGGCUCGAACGUCCAAUCUUAAUGAGGAACUGGGCCAGGUGAAGUAUCUCUUUUCCGACAAGACAGGAACACUGACCUGUAAUGUCAUGCACUUCAAGAAGUGUACCAUUGCGGGAAUUACAUAUGGCCACUUCCCUGAUCUUGACUGUGAUCGUUCAAUGGAGGACUUCGGCAAUCUGCCGCCCGCCAGCAAUAACUCUACAGAGUUUGAUGACCCAACUCUCGUCCAAAACAUUGAGACCCAUCCUACAUCACCUCAGAUCUGUGAGUUCCUGACAAUGAUGGCAGUGUGCCACACCGUGGUCCCAGAGAGAGAGGAAGACCAGCUCAUUUACCAGGCCUCUUCGCCAGAUGAAGGAGCGCUUGUCAAAGGGGCCAAGGGGCUCGGCUUUGUGUUCACUGCAAGAACCCCGCAUUCAGUCAUAAUUGAAGCUAGAGAAAAAGAGAUGAGCUAUGAGCUACUGAAUGUGCUGGAGUUUUCCAGUAACCGCAAACGCAUGUCUGUCGUGGUCAGAACCCCCAACGGGAAGCUACGGCUGUACUGCAAAGGCGCUGAUAAUGUCAUUUUUGAGCGUCUGACUGAGGCGUCCCAGUACAAAGAAUUAACUCUUGCUCAUUUGGAACAGUUUGCUACUGAAGGGUUGAGGACUCUGUGUUUUGCCUAUGUGGACCUGGAGGAAGAUGCCUACCAGGAGUGGCUGAAGGAAUACACUCGUAUCAGUACUGUGCUCAAAGACCGCGCUCAGAAACUAGAGGAGUGUUAUGAACUACUGGAAAAGAACUUACUGCUGUUGGGCGCCACAGCCAUAGAGGACCGUCUGCAGGCUGGCGUGCCAGAGACCAUCGCCACUCUGAUGAGGGCCGACAUCAAGAUCUGGGUCCUCACUGGAGACAAGCAGGAGACUGCCAUCAACAUAGGUUACUCCUGUCGUCUGGUGACACACCACAUGUCCCUCAUCAUUGUCAACGAGGAUUCUCUGGAUGCUACUCGUGCCACUCUGACAGCUCACUGUUCGUCCCUGGGCGACUCUCUGAAGAAGGAAAAUGAGCUGGCUCUGAUCAUCGAUGGUCAGACACUGAAAUAUGCACUGUCCUUCGAGCUUCGCCAGGCCUUCCUUGACUUGGCGUUGUCCUGCAAGGCUGUCAUCUGCUGCCGAGUGUCUCCGCUGCAGAAGUCUGAGAUUGUGGAUAUGGUGAAGAAAUACGUUAAGGCUAUCACGCUGGCGAUAGGCGACGGUGCCAACGAUGUGGGCAUGAUUCAGACGGCUCAUGUUGGAGUAGGGAUCAGUGGCAAUGAGGGCAUGCAGGCCACCAACUCUUCUGACUACUCCAUAGCACAGUUCUCCUACCUAGAGAAGCUGCUAUUGGUCCACGGGGCGUGGAGCUACAACCGUGUCACCAAGUGCAUCCUCUACUGUUUCUAUAAGAAUGUGGUCCUCUACAUUAUAGAGCUCUGGUUUGCCUUUGUGAACGGGUUCUCUGGCCAGAUCCUUUUUGAGCGCUGGUGUAUAGGCCUCUACAACGUGAUAUUUACUGCACUGCCUCCGUUCACUCUGGGGAUAUUUGACCGACCGUGCAGCCAGCAGAACAUGCUGCGUUUCCCACAGCUCUACCGAAUCACCCAGAAUGCUGAGGGCUUCAACACCAAGGUGUUUUGGGGUCACUGUAUCAAUGCACUGAUUCAUUCAAUUAUUCUCUUUUGGUUUCCGCUUAAAAUGUUAGAGCAUGACUCGUCGUUCAGUAACGGUCAGGGAAAUGACUACCUGUUUGUUGGAAACAUGGUCUACACAUAUGUGGUAGUUACAGUAUGUCUGAAAGCUGGAAUAGAGACCACCGCUUGGACCAAGUUUUCCCACCUGGCGGUAUGGGGAAGCAUGGCACUCUGGAUGGUCUUCUUUGCUGUCUACUCUGUCAUGUGGCCCACCAUCCCCAUCGCCCCUGACAUGCUUGGCCAGGCUGGCAAGGUGAUGCAGUGCUGGCACUUCUGGCUGGGCCUCGUCCUGGUGCCUACUGCGUGUUUACUCAAAGACUACGCUUGGACCGCCACACGUCGCACUGUGAGGAAGUCUUUGCUAGAGGAGGUGCAGGAGUUGGAGGCUCGGGCCGUAGACCCAGGGGCAGCUGUACUUCGGGAUGCCAGCGGCCGCAGUCUAAACGAACGAGCCCAUCUGCUGACAAGAGUAUUUAGGAAAACGCCUUCAAGCGUAGGACGUUCAAACUCGGUGCAGCAGACUGUGUCGCAUGGCUAUGCCUUCUCUCAAGAGGAGCAUGGCGUGGUGUCCCAAUCCCAGGUAGUGCGCUCCUACGAUACCACCCGCCAACGCCCCAGCCUCUAGCCCUACCCCUGACCAAUGCUUCUGCUCACCGUAGCAACGGUUAUCAAGGUGACAGCGGAGACAGACUUAUGUGACACCCUCACGCCGCGUGACCGACCCCUGCUGUUGCCUUAAUGGAACUAUGACCUGACCCCUCGCCGGGGGUGGGGUUAACGGUCAGGCGUGGUGACCGUUGCUGGCGCAUAGAGGACUGACUGACUUGAGAGAGCGGACCAGGCCGAUGUUAUGGAAAAAAACAUUCUUCAAACUCAAACAAGCUGCACAGGCAUGAGCAAUCAUAACCACGCACAGGCAUGACAAGUCAAACUCAGAGACUGUUACUCAUAUCUGUAUACCCCACAGACUGGGUUUGCUUUAUGCCACUGUGUGUUUAUCCGUGUGUUUGUGUGCGCGUGUGUGCAUUCCUGUGCGUCUGUAUCUGCCUGUGCAUGGUAUGUUUACACGCAUUGGCGCUCCUGUGUUUGUGUGCAUGUGUGUUGGCCCGUGUGUGUUCGCUUCCACGGUUCUCCCUAAUCUCUCUCGUGAGGUGGGUUUUGCUUGUCUGUCAUCACAUGCCCAUGUGGGAGGGGAGGAGACGUAAAAAUAAACACACACACACACACACACACACAUGCACUGAUGAAUUCCUUAAAAAGGGAUGGAGGGAAGCAAAGACCAAGGUACAACGAAGCCCGAAUCCCAGCUACAGCCCCCGUCCCCCGUCCCAUCGCAGCAUCAAGCCUCACUGCCAAACACCACAGAGAUGCCACUGAGGCAGAACGCUCAUGCCAAACUGGAACACCACCCUGCUGCAGCCCCUCCUACCCCACUGGGACUUCCUCUUGCUUAUCGCUCCUUGUACCUUCAUUUCUUCCUAUCUCUCCAUCUCCUAGCCGCUCUGCAGCCUCCACGUCUCUCCUACUCUAGCACAUCUCCUUGUCUUGGCCAGUUUUUAAAAAAUCCACUUUGCUUCCUGUUGUUUCUGACGGCUCCUGUGAUUCCUGAUGCCGCCUGUCGAGCAUCGUCAGCUGACAUAGAAGCAACGAGCCUGGCAUUAAAGCUUUCUCCUUCAGUUUUGUUGGAUUUCCAUUCUUUACUGGACUGUUUUUUUUAAACAUUAAAGUGGACAUUAAUGUGUAUGUGUUUAUAAUUUGUUUUCUCUCUUUUCAUUAAUGCCUGUUUUUGUACUCAUAUGUGGAGACAUGUCUUAGAGGGAAUAUUUUUACUUGAACUAGUGCUAAUAGGCAUCCAAAUAGAAGGGAUCUCAUUGAGACUCGCAUGGAUCAUGUGUUUUUCUGGCUCUGGGAUUUGUCUGAAUGUGUGUGCUCUGUGUUGAGGACACUCUGGUUCAGGAAUGCAAGACUGAAAGGGUGGGAGAGGUCCAUCUGAGCCCUAAUCAUUAAAUCUAAUCAAUCCGUGGCCUGA